CUGUAUUCUUUGAUUCUUUCCUAGCAUUUUCCUCCCUUUCACUCUUCGACCCCCCCCCCAAUGCUCGAUCGCCAGCCUGCCAUGGUCGGCGUUGUUGUUGCGCUUGUCGCAGCUACGUCCAUGCUGCUCUCCGUCGCUGCGCCCGUCGCACUCGCGCUUGAGAACGGACUUGCACGCACGCCUCCGAUGGGAUGGCUCGCUUGGGAACGCUUCCGCUGCGACGUGAACUGCACUAGCGACCCCAAUAACUGCAUCAGCGAAACGCUCUUCAAGCAGAUGGCGGACCAUAUGGUCUCUGGCGGAUACCUCGCCGCAGGAUACGACACCAUCAUCAUGGACGAUUGCUGGAUGAGCACGUCGCGUUUGGCGAACGGUACACUGCUGGCCGAUCCUGUUCGCUUCCCGAACGGUGUCAAGGGACUGGCAGACUAUGUGCACUCGAAGGGUCUCAAGAUGGGCAUCUACCAAGAUUAUGGCACAAACACUUGCGGCGGUUAUCCGGGAAUCUACGGCUACAUUGACAUUGACACUCGCGAUUACGCCAGCUGGGGCAUUGACUAUGUCAAGAUGGACGGGUGCAACGUUGAUCCCGCGACCAUGAACAAGGGCUACCCCCAAAUCGGAAUGGCUCUCAAUAGCACCGGACGCCCCAUGGUCUACUCUUGCUCUUGGCCCGACUACAUGCGCAUUGCCAAAAUCCCGAUCGACUGGCAGCUCAUCAUCCAGUACUGCAACCUCUGGCGCCUGUUCGAUGACAUUCAGGACAGCCUGUCGAGCGUGUCGAGCAUUGUUGAAUACUGGGGCUCCCAGCAGGUCUUGCUGUCUGGCAUUGCAGGCCCUGGUCACUGGAACGAUAUGGACAUGCUCAUUAUUGGAGACUUUGGCCUCAACCAGGCCCAGUCCGAAAUGCAAAUGGCGCUCUGGGCCAUCAACGCCUCACCUCUGAUCAUGUCCAACGAUCUGCGCAACAUUUCGAGCUGGGCGAGCUCCCUGCUCCUCAACAAGGCCAUCAUUGCCGUUAGCCAGGAUCCCUUGGGCCAGCAGGGCAUCCGCCUUGCUCGCAAUGCUACCAGCGAGACGUGGGUUCGCAUCUUGGCCGACGGCAGCUUUGCCAUUGCUCUGUACAACACGGCGACGGUUGCUGCCACCCUGACCUUCCAGUUUGCGGACUUGGGCUUUAGCUCUGCCACUGUCACCAACCUCAUCACCCAGCAACCCUUGGGUGUCGUCACCACUAGCUACUCUGCGCCCGUUCAGCCGUUUGGUGUCUGGUUUAUCCGCGCCUACCCGAAGCUGUGAAUCGGCGGGUGAGUUGGUGGACGAUUUUUCAUGGUCAUCAAGCACACGUGAAGCCCGCCCUUGAUGCCAAUCUUGUCCUGUGAUUCGUUUGUCGCUUCUCUCUCUGUGUGUGUUGAGUAAUACAACCAGCUCCUUGAGCACUGCAUACCCUGACCAAA